AUGAUGAUGAUGCUCAGCCGCAGAACAAGAGGUAUGCUUUCUUCUGGCCUUCCUUCUUCUUUUGACAACUUGACGGCCCUCUUUCAUUCCAAAUUUGGAGAUACCCAGGUUUUGAGAGACCCGCCCACAAUCAGUAAUGUGGAGCAAACCUUGAAUAUGUUCGAUAAAAUGCUUCACAUGCGUCCUGUGCCUCCUGUCGCCUGCUUCAGCCAACUCUUGGCUCGAAUAGCUAGAUUGGAGCGUUAUGAUGUAGUCAUUCCUCUUUUUAAACAAAUGGGCGUCAUGGGAAUUGCUCCAGAUGCUUCUACUCUCAACGUUGUCACUAAUUGCUACUGUCAUUUGAAACAUGCCCCCGGGUUGGGUUUACCUGUUUUACCACACUUCUUUAAACUGGGUCUACAACUAGACAUCACCACCUUCACCGCUCUCAUCAACUCCUUUCUUCUUCAAACCACCGUACACCCGAAGACCUCAAACGCCAAACUCAAUUAUCUUGACUAUGCCUUGAACAUGUUCCAUGAAAUGCUUCGCACACGUCCUCUGCCUUCUGUUAUCUCUUUCACUAAGAUACUGGGCCACCUUGUCAAAUUGAAGCACUACUUUGCUGUCAUUCCUCUCUUUCAGCAAAUGCGUCUGCUGAUUGCUCCUAAUCACUAUACUCUGUCUAUUAUCAUCAACUGCUAUUGCCAUUUGAAUCAAAUGGGUUUUAGCUUGUCUAUCUUGGGAAGUUUCUUCAAAUCGGGUCUUGAACCUGAUGUCAUUACCUUCAACACUCUCAUCCACGGCUUUAUUCUUGACAAUCAAGUGGCUGAGGCUGCACGCAUUUUCACCAAAACGCUGGAGGCAGGUCACUGUAAACCUGAUGUGUCCACAUUCAACAUACUGUUAAAGGGCUUCUGCAAGACGUCGAACAGCAGCAGUGCAGCCAUUCAGUUACUUAGGAAGAUGGAAGAAGUCGGAUGCAAGCCUAACACAAUUUCUUAUGGCACCAUCAUCGACAGCCUUUGCAAGGACUUGCUAGUUGACGAAGCUUUGGAGCUCUUUAAAGAAAUGAUCAGUAGGGGUAUUGCUCCAAAUGUUGUUACUUACACCUGCUUGAUUCAAGGACUUUGUAAUGUAGGCCAGUGGCAAGAAGCUACAAGGUUGCUGGAUCAAAUGUUGAGUAAAGGUGUCUCUCCAGAUAUCUUCACCUUCAGUGUCUUGGUUGAUACACUUUGCAAGCAAGGGAUGGUCAUCAAAGCUAAAACUGUGGUUCAAAUGAUGAUUCAAAGAGGUAUUGAGCCUAAUACAGUUACAUAUAGUUCCCUUAUGGACGGUUACUGUAUGCUAGGAGAAAUGGAUAAAGCGAAAGAAGUUUUUGAUCUUAUGAUUAACAAGGGCGGCAUGGUUAAUGUUCAUAGUUGUAGCAUAUUGAUUAACGGAUAUUGCAAGGCUAAAAAGAUUGAUCAGGCCACAAAGAUUUUCAACGAAAUGCAUAGUAUGGAAAUUGUUCCUAAUACCAUAACUUACACCACUCUUAUUGAUGGUCUUUGCAAAGCGAGGAGAAUGCAAGAUGCAGAAAAUUUGUUCUCCAAGAUGCAAGGUUGUGGCCAGCUUCCGAAUGUUCAAACAUACGCUGUGUUACUUGAUGGCCUGUGUAACGAUCAGCGACUUUCUGCGGCAAUAGAAUUGCUCAAAGAGAUGGAAGCCAACAAAGUGGAACUUAAUAUCGUAGUUUACAAUGUUGUUAUCGAAGGUUUGUGCAAAGCUGGAAAUAUCGUUUAUGCAAGAGAUCUCUUCUCUCACUUAUCAUCAAAAGGAGUUCAGCCUAAUGUCAGAACAUACAAUAUAAUGAUUCAUGGACUUUGUCAUCAUGGCUUGAUAAUUGAAGCAGAAAAGUUGCUGAGAGAAAUGGGAGAGAAAGGAUGUUGUCCAGAUGGUUGGACCUAUAAUACUAUCAUCCGAGGGUUGUUGAAGAACAAUGAGACAUCAUGGGGUAUGGGACUUAUUCAAGAAAUGGUUGAGUGGGGUUUCCCUGCAGAUGUGUUUACUAUGGAAUUGAUAGGUGGUUUAUUGUGUAAGGAUGUAGUAGAUCCGGCUUUCUUGCCGCUCUUAAAAGAUUCAUGCUAA